UUGGAGAAUGGCCAUUGCCACGUGGGGAAAAAUGUGUGUGAGAGAGAGAGAGGAGAGAGAGGAGAGAGAGAGAGAAAUUGUCUGCUGAUUGAAUGGGUAUUAAAGCUCUAAUAUAGAGUGUUACUUAACUAGGACGGCCGAGGGAGUUCAUUUCAGACGAGUUGCGGUUUGUGAGAUCACUUGCGUGGAAACACGACGAUUUCGUAAUCCACUUAAUGUGGAUUAUUUGCUGUUGUAUCCCGAUACCAACUUUAAAUACAAUACUUUAUGUUUGCCAAAAAUCAUUGCCUGAAAGACGAGAAGAGCAUUUCUUGUUGUGAUUACAACUCAGUGACGCUAGUUUGGUAUGCACUGAAGAUGCGUCCAAAUGUCUCCGGGGAUUUAUCUGUUCGUGUAAUCGUUCUCCUUGUCUUAAUUUUACAAGGCACGCGUGCAUUCAACUCGACCGUAGAGAGCGAACUGUAUGCGUCGUUGCUGACGGCGUAUAACAAAGGUGUACGGCCAGCGGGCGUCGUGGAGGCCAGCAUCAUGUUCAACCUCAUCACCAUCAACGAAUUGAUUAUACGUGCCCAGACGUUUUCUGUGUCGGGAUGGUUUGUAAUGAGUUGGAACGAUCCACGCCUUUACUGGGACGUGGCAAAUCCACUUUAUACCGACGUCAACUUUAUGUUUUUCACACAAAAAGAAAUAUGGCGACCGACGGUAGUCGUAGAAAAUUCGGAUUCUUGUCCGAUAGACGACUUGAGUGUUAUCGAUGACGACAACGUCCCGCUACGUGUGUUCAGCAAUGGCAAGGUCGUCUGGAAUCCCCCCGGAAUCUACGUCACCAACUGCGACAUCGACAUCACGUACUACCCAUUCGACACACAGACGUGCUACAUCAGCCUCAAAAGCGUGGGCUACAACAUCAGGGAAUUGAACCUAACGCUCCUCGACAGUGGUCUGAAGUCCAGCAGUUUCGAGGUAAACGGCGAGUGGACUCUGCUUUCCACGACAGCCACAAGGACGGAGUCUACGGACGUAACGGACGCGGAAGUGUACGCGACGCUGCAGUUCUCCGUGACGGUGCAGAGGCGGACCAAAUAUUAUGGGCUGAAUAUUCUGCUUCCUGUCCUGACGCUGGCGGUGCUGUCGGCGCUCGUGUUUCUGCUUCCGAUAGAGUCCGGAGAGAAGAUGGGCUACUCGCUCACCGUCCUGCUCUCCAUAUCCGUGUUCCUCACCCUGAUCGCUGAUCAGAUACCAACCACGUCCAAGUCCAUCGCUAUCCUCACCAUCUACAUCAGCAUCCUCAUCAUCCUCAACGGACUGUCCGUCGUCCUCACCCUGAUGACCCUUGACAUCUACUUCAGGAAUGAUAAAGAACCUGUUCCCCACUGGCUGCAGAAACUCACCAAGUACGUCAUGUCGCCCCUCGCCUGCUGGGGCUUAUGUUCCAAGAAGAAAAAGAAGAAAAUCUUUGAGACUGUCCGCCCCUUGUCCAAGAAGAUACACAGACCGAGCACAGAGACGGAGACGGAGACGGACGACACCGAGGAUGACGAGCAUCAGUUUUCUUGGGUGGAAAUUGCUAAAGUAUUCGACGCCUUCUGUCUACGGAUAUACGUCUUACUUUUCAUAGUUAUCACCGUGGUCUGUUUCAUGAUGAUAUUUUACUGAAGGACAAAACGGGAUGGUCAGGCAUCAUAUUUAGCUUCUUUUUUUUCUGUCUCUUUUAUUCGAUGUCUCUUAUUAACCCUAAAAUAAUUUGGAGGGGGUGGGGGGGGGGGGGGGGGCAAAAAGGAAAAAGGAAAGAAAAGAGAAUCAAGGCUAACAAAUUGGUUGAUUUAAUAUUUAUUAUUUUGACGAAUUAUUUGGUUGAAUCUUACUGCUGUUCGCUGUAAGAAAAUAUUUGAUUGGUUUUAUAUAUUUGGAUCAUUAUUGCUGUGUUUUGUUGGUGUGAUAUAUUCUUUAGAAGCAUUACGCGUUUGUGACAUUAAUUGAAAAUUAUUAGUUAUGGAGUUUUCGGCGAGCUUAAUAUGUUUAUUUUCUGUCUUGAGACCUUGAGACACUAGCCCAUAUAUGAUCACAUAUAGAUGUGGGUAGUGGGAGGCAACUCAUGUAAUACUUUUAUGGCUGGUGUUUUGGGCAGUGUGGUUAUACAAGUCGAUAUGCAGAAAAUGACUUUUUUUUUAUGCGAACACAAAAACAUCAGCUUUUUAAUGCACACUGAAUAUUACAAUUAAACAUAUGUUGUAGGUU